CCUCUCUGUUCCAGUGUGUUUACUACACUGCCGAGCAUAAGGGGAGACACUCGUCUUCACAUGCACUGAACCCACUAACAAAACCAGUUUUUAGUUGUAUUUGUAAAGAAACCUCCAAGAGAUCAACAUGCCCAAGAGAAAGGCACAGGGAACAGAAGGAGGAGAUAAGGAGGAGCCCCAGAGGAGAUCAGCUCGGUUAUCGGCGAAACCAGCUCCUCCCAAGCCGGAGCCAAAGGUGAAGAAGGCGGCAAAGAAAGAAAAGGCGGUGAACGACAAGAAGGAGGACAAGAAGACCAAGAAGGCGAAGGAGAACGCCGAGGCAGAGGCCAACGAGGAGAACCACUCUGAGAACGGAGAGGCCAAGACCAACGAGGUGGAGGCAGCCCCCGAGGAGGCCAAGGAGGAGGCCAAGUCCGAGUAGCACCACUGCCCCCCCCCAACCCUCUCCCCCGACCUCCGACCCCUUCAGCUUCCUCCUCAUACUCUACAUCCACCUCCCCAUCUUCUCCCCCCCAACCCCUUUCCCCUUCCUCAAGUCUCUCACAUGGUUUCCCCCCUCCGAGGCGUAUUGUUAACAGAGGAAUAUUUUUAUCAAUGAUUUUAUAAGUAUCCGUACAGAUUUUUAGCACAAAAAAGCGAAGCUGAUUAUGGAGCGCCCUUGCAGACUUGCAGUGGUCUUAUCAAGUGUCUGCAGGCAAGGAAUAAAGAAAAAAAAACCACACUAAAAUCUUUUUUAAAUGGCAUUUCAUGAUUGUUGAAGGCUUGUUUGGUGUAGAAAGCGUGUCCCUUUUUGCCGGAUUGGCUAAUGUCGUGAGUUGUGUAUUACUGUGUUUAUUUCCCCUCCGACCCCCCCAAUCUCUCUAUCUCUCUCUCUAUCUAUCUCUCCCUCUC